AUGGGCUCCGUCUGCCAGCAGUUCGAGGAAUACCCUCCACUUGCUAGUCUUCAGAGGGACGUAUAUCGACCUCUGCCUCAGAGCAUCAAGCUUCCAAAGUCAGAUGAUAUAGAAGGACCGGUUCUGGUGAAGAAAGCCCUUCAGUCUCUAGCCGAAGGGCUCGAGGAAAAUAACGUCUCCAAAGUGAAGGCGUGCUUUUUCAGCUCCCAAUCCUACUGGCGCGAUCUGCUCGCUUUCACCUAUCAUUUCCGAACUUUCAAUGACAGUGCCGUGAUAGCACCGGCCCUGACACAGCUGAAAGAACGACGGGGAUUAGUUGAUGGAUUCAAGAUUUUGCCAGAGAGCGUUCAAUGUAUUCCAGCGACUUCGACCCUGCACAUGAUUCAGAGCAUGUUCGCAUUCAGGACGGAAACGCCUGCGGCGCUCUGUAGUGGGAUCGUUUGUCUUCUUCCCGAGGAAACCAGCGAUGGACUCGUUUGGAAGAUCUGGAAUUUGUCAACAUGGAUCGAUGACUUCGAACUGCAUCCGGAAGAUGAAGGUGCUUUGAAAAUCCCUGCAAGGCGGUUAGAAGAUAUUGAGGAUAUCAAAACCGAUGUCUUGAUCAUAGGCGGUGGAAACGCGGGACUCGUUCAAGCGGCACGUCUCAAGGCCCUCAAAGUCGAUUGUGUGGUUAUCGACAGGAAUGAGCAGCCCGGAGAUAACUGGGCCCACCGAUAUGACUGCCUGCGUUUUCAUGUUCCAAAGUCACUUUGCGAGACGCCAUAUCUGCCAUAUCCAAAAGACGAUCCCAUGGUUCUGACCAGGACAAUGCUUGUGAAUCAAAUGAAGCAUUAUGCACAGACCCUUGAUUUCAACCUCCUCAACUCGUCCACUGUUGAAGCAAGCUCUUUCAAUGAGUCUACGGAUUUUUGGCGAUUUAAGAUUUGUACACCGUGGGGACCGAAGACAGUGACAUCCAAGCACGUCGUGCAAGCUACUGGAGUUGGAUGCACCAACCCAUUUAUCCCCGAUAUUCCAGGCAGUUACAGCGGUGUCAGCAUACAUUCGUCCCAAUAUAGAAAUGCCUUGGAAUUGAAGGAACUUGGUGUCAAGUCCGCUAUUAUUGUUGGAUCUGCCAACUCAGGCUUUGACCUCAUGGAAGACUGUGCAAAGGCUGGUCUUAAAACAACUAUGGUUGCUCGUAGUCCUACAUACAUCUUUCCAUGGGACUACUCUCUCGAUCCCGUGGGCCUAGGCAUGUACGAGGUUCUCCCAACCGAACUGGUGGACAAGCUCAUGAUGACCACCCCGCUCGGUAUUGCUGGCCAGAUCGCGAAAUACCAGGCUGCCGUCUUGGCUUCCAAAGAGCCGAAUCGAUACCAGGCACUUGCCGAGGCGGGCUUUCCAGUAUUUGAUAGUCUUCACGGGGGAGACUUGAUGCACAAUAUGUUUGAAAGGGCCGGGGGUCACUUCAACGAGAUCGGCGAUGGAAUCGAGCUCAUUGUGUCCGGAGCUGUUGCAGUGAAAGGCAAUGUGGAGCCAACGGAGCUUACUACCACUGGCAUGAAAUUUAGUGAUGGAUCAGUGUUGGAUGCAGACGCGAUUAUCUGGUGCACAGGCUUUGCUGACAAGAACCGUGAAGCCACUACUGAGAUUUUUGGUCAAAAGAUGACUAUAGAAGGAGACAACCUUAAAGAUAUUAUCUUGGGGCCAGAGGAUAUUGCUUCUCGGAGGGAUGGCAUUUGGGGGGUUGAUACUGAGGGCGAGAUACGUGGUAUGUGGAAGCGUCAUCUUCGAGUGAAGAAUUACUGGAUCACUGGGGGCGGCACCUCACACCAUCGGUACUACUCACGACCGCUGGCUUUGCAAAUCAAAGCGUCAGUUGAAGGAUUCUUACCUGACGCGUAUCGCGAUUUGCCGGAUGCGUUUUAA